GGCUAUAGCCGCCUCGAUCGCUGUCUCCCCAGCCUCGCCGCGGCCGCUCCGGGACGCGCCCGCCCGCCGCCCGGCUCUCCCCCCCUUUGGGCUGCUGCUGCUGCUGCUGUGACUGCUGCUGCGAGAGGAGGAGGAGGAGGAGGAAGCAGCGGGGGGGGGAGCGGGGGGUGGGGGGGAGACCAAGAAGUACAGUUGGGAGCGAGGGAGCUUCACCCCCGGGGCGGUGGUUGUUUCUUUUUUCUUUCUUUCUUUUUUUCUUUUCCUUUUUUUUUUUUUUUUUUUUUUCUAAUUCCUGAGGGGUGGUUGCUGCUUUUGCUACAUGACUUGCCAGCGCCCGAGCCUGCGGUCCAACUGCGCUGCUGCCGGAGCGCUCAGUGCCGCCGCUGCCGCCCGCGCCCCCCGCGCCCCGUUCGGCACCCACCGGUCGCCGCCGCCCGCCGCGCCGCUGUCCCGCUCCCGCACCGCCGCCGCCGUUUCCCCCCGACGACUGGGUGAUGCUGGACAUGGGAGAUAGGAAAGAGGUGAAAAUGAUCCCCAAGUCCUCGUUCAGCAUCAACAGCCUGGUGCCCGAGGCGGUCCAGAACGACAACCACCACGCAAGCCACGGCCACCACAACAGCCACCACCCCCAGCACCACCACCACCACCACCACCAUCACCACCACCCGCCGCCGCCCGCCCCGCAACCGCCGCCGCCGCCGCAGCAGCAGCAGCCGCCGCCGCCGCCGCCGCCGCCCCCGGCAGCGCAGCCCCCCCAGACGCGGGGCGCCCCGGCCGCCGACGACGACAAGGGCCCCCAGCAGCUGCUGCUCCCGCCGCCGCCGCCGCCACCACCGGCCGCCGCCCUGGACGGGGCCAAAGCGGACGGGCUGGGCGGCAAGGGCGAGCCAGGCGGCGGGCCCGGGGAGCUGGCGCCCGUCGGGCCGGACGAGAAGGAGAAGGGCGCCGGCGCCGGGGGGGAGGAGAAGAAGGGGGCGGGCGAGGGCGGCAAGGACGGGGAGGGGGGCAAGGAGGGCGAGAAGAAGAACGGCAAGUACGAGAAGCCGCCGUUCAGCUACAACGCUCUCAUCAUGAUGGCCAUCCGGCAGAGCCCCGAGAAGCGGCUCACGCUCAAUGGCAUCUACGAGUUCAUCAUGAAGAACUUCCCCUACUACCGCGAGAACAAACAGGGCUGGCAGAACUCCAUCCGCCACAAUCUGUCCCUCAACAAGUGCUUCGUGAAGGUGCCGCGCCACUACGACGACCCGGGCAAGGGCAACUACUGGAUGCUGGACCCGUCGAGCGACGACGUGUUCAUCGGUGGCACCACGGGCAAGCUGCGGCGCCGCUCCACCACCUCGCGGGCCAAGCUGGCCUUCAAGCGCGGGGCGCGCCUCACCUCCACUGGCCUCACCUUCAUGGACCGCGCCGGCUCCCUCUACUGGCCCAUGUCGCCCUUCCUGUCCCUGCACCACCCCCGCGCCAGCAGCACUUUGAGUUACAACGGCACCACGUCGGCCUACCCCAGCCACCCCAUGCCCUACAGCUCCGUGUUGACUCAGAACUCGCUGGGCAACAACCACUCCUUCUCCACGGCCAACGGCUUGAGCGUGGACCGGCUGGUCAACGGGGAGAUCCCGUACGCCACGCACCACCUCACGGCCGCCGCGCUCGCCGCCUCGGUGCCCUGCGGCCUGUCGGUGCCCUGCUCCGGGACCUACUCCCUCAACCCCUGCUCCGUCAACCUGCUCGCGGGCCAGACCAGUUACUUUUUCCCCCACGUCCCGCACCCGUCAAUGACUUCGCAGAGCAGCACGUCCAUGAGCGCCAGGGCCGCGUCCUCCUCCACGUCGCCGCAGGCCCCCUCGACCCUGCCCUGUGAGUCUUUAAGACCCUCUUUGCCAAGUUUUACGACGGGACUGUCCGGGGGACUGUCUGAUUAUUUCACACAUCAAAAUCAGGGGUCUUCUUCCAACCCUUUAAUACAUUAACAUCCCUGGGACCAGACUGUAAGUGAACGUUUUACACACAUUUGCAUUGUAAAUGAUAAUUAAAAAAAUAAGUCCAGGUAUUUUUUAUUAAGCCCCCCCCUCCCAUUUCUGUACGUUUGUUCAGUCUCUAGGGUUGUUUAUUAUUCUAACAAGGUGUGGAGUGUCAGCGAGGUGCAAUGUGGGGAGAAUACAUUGUAGAAUAUAAGGUUUGGAAGUCAAAAUUAUAGUAGAAUGUGUAUCUAAAUAGUGACUGCUUUGCCAUUUCAUUCAAACCUGACAAGUCUAUCUCUAAGAGCCGCCAGAUUUCCAUGUGUGCAGUAUUAUAAGUUAUCAUGGAACUAUAUGGUGGACGCAGACCUUGAGAACAACCUAAAUUAUGGGGAGAGUUUUAAAAUGUUAAACUGUAAUUUGUAUUUAAAAAGCAUUCGUAGUAAAGGUGCCCAAGAAAUUAUUUUGGCCAUUUAUUGUUUUGUCCUUUUCUUUAAAGAACUGUUUUUUUUUUCUUUUGUUUACUUUUAGACCAAAGAUUGGGUUCUAGAAAAUGCACUUGGUAUACUAAGUAUUAAAACAAACAAAAAAGAAAGUUGUUUCAGUUGGCAACACUGCCCAUUCAAUUGAAUUAGAAGGGGACAAAAUUAACGAUUGCCUUCAGUUUGUGUUGUGUAUAUUUUGAUGUAUGUGGUCACUAACAGGUCACUUUUAUUUUUUCUAAAUGUAGUGAAAUGUUAAUACCUAUUGUACUUAUAGGUAAACCUUGCAAAUAUGUAACCUGUGUUGCGCAAAUGCCGCAUAAAUUUGAGUGAUUGUUAAUGUUGUCUUAAAAUUUCUUGAUUGUGAUACUGUGGUCAUAUGCCCGUGUUUGUCACUUACAAAAAUGUUUACUAUGAACACACAGAAAUAAAAAAUAGGCUAAAUUCAUA